AUGGGCUUACUCUGCAGUAAACAGCGACAUAGCAGAGCUGAUCUUGAGGAGAAUGAGCAGGAAGAUAUUCUUUAUGCCAGGGUUCGGACAACUGGUGAUGUAGAAAUCCAAUUCAGCCCAGUUGGGGAGAAUAAAAAAAGUGGAGAGGUAUAUAGGCUCUUUGAUGUUGGGGGCCAGAAAAAUGAAAGAAGAAAGUGGAUUCAUCUAUUUGAGGGUGUUUCAGCUGUGAUAUUCUGUGCUGCUAUAAGCGGGUAUGAUCAAACUCUCUUUGAGGAUGAUAACAAGAAUCGGAUGGUGGAGACUAAGGAACUCUUUGAGUGGGUCCUGAAGCAACCUUGCAUUGAGAAAACUUCUUUCAUGCUCUUUCUCAACAUAUUUGACUUAUUCGAAAAGAAGGUUCUGAAAUUUUUAUGCAGGUCCCCCUGGACGUAUGUGAUUGGUUCAAGGAUUAUCAGCCAGUUUCUACCGGGUAACAAGAAACUGAAAAUGCAUAUAAGUGUUUUCUUGUCUCCUCAUUUCAGAAUGAAAUUUGCCAAGUUUGUGAAGAAAAAAAUCGAGGAACUCUAUUUCCAGAGCACUGCCCCUGAUCGUGUUGACCGUGUAUUUAAGAUCUACAGAACUAGUGCCUUAGACCAGAAACUUGUCAAGAAGACUUUCAAGCUGGUAGACGAGACUUUGAGAAGGCGAAAUCUAUUUGAAGCAGGUCUGUUGUAA